UCCAGUUAUCUUUCAUUACUGCACGUCUGCACCACUUUCUGAGUUUCUGGGAAUCUCUGGACCUCACGUAUAAUAAGUCUCCUACUACAGUCUCCUACUACAGUCUCCCCUGUUUUCAGGUCAACGGUCCAUUUCCUUUUAUUUUUUCUUUUUUCGGCACACAAUCUCCAAGGCCAAGCUAAGAAGGAGGAAGAGAUCAUUUCUUGGUUGUUUCUCUUCAGCUUUCGAUCUCAAAUGGGCCGGAAGUCAAACGACUCAGAAGCUAGCCGUUGGGCUCCUUUGAUCCUUCUAUUGAUCGGUCUCGCCUCCUGUUCUAUAGUUUACAUGUUAAUAUCCAUGGUGGUCCGACCAAAGAACAUUUCUUCGGUUUUAGACUUGGAUUCUACGGUGCUAUCGUCGUCUCAUGUCAGUGGUGAUGGGGAGGAAGUUUUGGGGUCAGAGGAAGGGGAAUGCUGCAGGGGGGUCGAGAAAUUGGAGCUUUGGGGGGCUUCUGUGAAGUGGGGUACGGAUUUCAAGUUUAAUAGUUCAGAGGAGUGUUGUCGAGCAUGCAAGGCGAUGUGCAGCGGCGGAGAUGGGCCCUGCUUGUGCGAUACGUGGGUUUUUUGCGGAAACAGAGAGACUUGUGGUCCGAAGUUUGGUGAGUGCUGGUUGAAGAAGCAGAAGGAUGCAUUGGCUCCUGAUCACCAGGAGUCGGGAGAUCCACAAAUUUGGACUUCUGGGCUUAUAUUUGGAAAAGGGGAUGGUAUCAUUGGCUUGGAAACUGAACAUGGAAUUCUUCAUAUAAAACUCUUCCCCGACUGUGCACCGCAUUCUGUGGCAUACACUCUUGAGCUGUUGGGUUUACAUCAUUGUGCGGGUUGCCAAUUUUAUCGUGCAGAAGGGCGUGGAAGCUCCUGGGAUUCAAAAGGAAAUAACAUUAACAAUGCUCCUUUUGGCCCUCCUUUUGCACUGAUUCAGGGCACACUUGAAGCCCAAGGAACCACAUUUAAGAAGAUUCCAACCGAAGCUUGUCCGCCCAUAAGAAGAGGUUCAGUUGCAUGGGUUGGUUCUGGCCCAGAAUUUUUUAUAAGCCUAGCAAAUCACAAUGAGUGGAGAAAAAGUUAUACUGUUUUUGGGUCUGUUCUUCCUGAAGAUAUGGAAAUUGCAGAGAAAAUUGCAGAGCUUCCUACUAAACCAGAUGUGUGGAAUAACAUUAAUGUGUCUGUUUUGGAGAAACCUAUUCCUUUUAGGUUCCGAAGAAUCAGGACGAGUCAUGGAGACUUGAAUCUCAACACAAAUGCAAACUCAGAUUCAAAUGGUUCUUAGUUAUUGCAUGCCCUCAACUUUGUGCAUCUGUUUGCACUCUUGGGCCCCUGUUUGUGAGUUAAGGAUCUUGUAGGAGCUUGAAUUUAUUCAAUUUUGUAUGCCUGGUUUACAGAUAUUGAAUCCCCAAGUUGUUGAAAA